AUGCCAUCUGAUCGCCCCUCCAUCGAGCCCAUCUCAACCACCAACUCCUCUCCUGCAGCACAACACCCUCGUCCUGAGAUCGCCACAAAGUCGCUCCCAUCAAGAGUCGUUCCAGGGCUCCCUUCACCACCCCUCUCGCCUCUUCAGUUCCAUGGCCAUGGCAGCCACGGCAGCGGGAAGCGGUUGAGUAUGCUCUCGUUCCCAUCUCAGCCUUUAACGCCCUUGCCUGAGGAUUCGACGCCUACAGUAACCCCAAUCGACAAAGAGGCUAGCCAGCGUUUUGAAGGUGGUUAUCUCUCUGGAGAUGGAGAGGAGGUUGAUCCUUCGGUCCCCAUGUUACCAAGCCAGCUUCGCAGACGACACGAGAGCAUGAGGCGCCAAAGGUCUGCAUCGAUGCAACUACAUUCUUCUUCCCGCUCGGGUGAAUCCACAGCCGUCAACUACAGCCGCCACUCCAUGGCCUCUAUUGAUUCCCCCAUCGACACCCACUCUCACAAAAACAAAUCCUCUCACGCAAAGAGCACCAUGGAAUUGACUCCGACUUCUAGUCUGCGAAUUCUGGCCAGUCAGGGUCACUCUUCUGAAAUUGUACCAAUGUCUCAUUCUAAUAACGGCAUUGUCAGUACAUCGGCGACAAGUGGCUCCGAGAUGCCCACUCGAGACUGGGUCAAAAUGCAGUGCAAGAUCCAAGCCCUGGAGACGGAAGUGUCACAUGUUUCCAGGACCAACUCUCUUUUGAACCAGGAACUCGACAAAGUGACAGCCCACCUUUCUAGACUGUUGAACAGUGACACGGACGACGACCAGCAGCAGGUGGGACAGAGCGGCGCCGUUGGAGCCGGACCGAUGGAGAGCUGGAGACGAGAGUAUGAGUUCUUGGUCCAGCAAGUCGACUUGAUGCACCGCCAGCUUCAAUUGGCUCAAUCGGAGCAGCAUGCUCGUGCACGCUUUGGUAUGGAGGUUGUUUCGGCCCGCCCGGAGGAUCGUUCAGAGGUAACCCAACAGCUUUACUCUGAAGUCAAGGAUCUUACUGUUUCUUUGAAGAUGUGGCAGACGGCGUUCCAGCAGGCCGAUGAAAAGUAUCGCCGCAAGUGCGAUGGCGAGCGUGUUCUGAAGGAUACGUUGAGGGACCGGGAGACGCAGUUGACGACGUUGGUUGACAAACUGUCCGGCUGCGAAGGCGAGUUCCGAAAGUCUAUUUCCAACUAUGACGAGAUGAUGCGACUUUCUGCCAAGAUUGAGGCCCUUGAGAGUCAACAGGCUAGCCAGUCCACCACCCCCAAAUCGUCACUGCUCGCACUCGAAUCGCCUCAAGAUACCCUUUCUUCCACCACAGCAGCGUCAUUAGCAACGGCAACUGUUGAUGAUAGUGAGAUGCCUGGUUCGUUCCCUGAGAUGAACAAAAGCCAGACCCGUCGACGAUCUAAUACCCUGCCAUCCAACAUGGCAUCCCCCGCAGCUGUCGAGCAGGUCUCUGUCUCCAUCCUCUCCUGGGCUACCCUCCUUGCUACUUAUAUGCUCUCUUAA